AUGGAUUGCUUAUACAAGAAUCCCAACCAACCCAUUGAAGCUCGUAUCAAAGACCUUCUUUCUCGCAUGACUCUCACUGAAAAGAUUGCUCAGAUGAUCCAAAUCGAGCGCACUGUUGCCACCUCUUCUGUCAUCAGAGACCUCUCCAUUGGGAGCAUACUCAGUUCUGGGGGCAGUGCCCCUUUUGAGAAUGCAUUGUCAUCAGAUUGGGCUGAUAUGGUGGAUGGAUAUCAGAAAUCAGCUCUGGAAUCUAGACUUGGGAUACCUCUCAUUUAUGGGAUUGAUGCUGUUCAUGGUAAUAAUAGUGUUUAUGGUGCUACCAUUUUUCCUCACAAUGUAGGCCUUGGUGCUACUAGAGAUGCUGAUUUAGUUCGGAGAAUUGGAGCUGCUACGGCGCUUGAAGUUAAAGCAAGUGGAAUGCACUAUAAUUUUGCUCCUUGUGUAGCGGUCUGCAAAGAUCCUCGAUGGGGAAGAUCCUAUGAGUGUUAUAGUGAAGACACUGCAAUCGUCAGAAAGAUGACGUCCAUCGUUUCAGGUUUACAAGGCCAGCCGCCAGAAGGACAUGAACACGGAUACCCUUUUGUGGCUGGAAGGAACAAUGUUGUUGCAUGUGCCAAGCAUUUUGUUGGUGAUGGAGGUACUCAUAAGGGUGUGAAUGAGGGAAAUACUAUAUUGUCCUAUGAAGACUUAGAGAGAAUACACAUGGCACCUUAUUUAGACUGCAUUUCCCAGGGAAUUUCGACCGUUAUGGCAUCCUAUACUAGUUGGAAUGGACGCAAACUCCAUGCUGACCGUUUUCUUUUAACCGAAGUCUUGAAAGAAAAGCUAGGGUUUAAGGGUUUUGUUAUUUCCGACUGGGAAGGGCUUGACCGACUUUGUAAACCUCAUGGAUCAGAUUAUCGAUAUUGCAUCUCCUCAGCCGUCAAUGCUGGAAUUGACAUGGUGAUGGUGGCUUUGAGGUACAAACUAUUCAUCGAAGAAAUGACCUCUUUGGUUGAAUCAGGGGAAGUACCGAUGAGCAGAAUCGACGAUGCUGUUGAGCGAAUAUUGAGAGUGAAGUUCGUUGCUGGUGUUUUUGAAUUUCCUUUAAGCGACCGAUCUUUGCUAGAUAUAGUUGGUUGCAAACCACAUAGAGAUCUAGCACGUGAAGCGGUUCGAAAGUCGUUGGUUCUGUUGAAAAAUGGAAAAGAUAUAAGUGAACCUUUUCUUCCGUUGAACAAGAAUGCGAAAAGAGUUCUUGUUGCCGGAACUCAUGCUGAUAAUCUUGGAUAUCAAUGCGGAGGUUGGACUAAGACUUGGUAUGGCGGUAGCGGGAGGAUUACUGUUGGAACAACAAUCUUGGACGCAGUUAAGGAAGCCGUGGGAGCUGAAACAGAAGUAAUUUACGAGAAGUAUCCAUCAAAAGAUACCAUAGAACAUAACAAGUUCUCAUUCGCAAUUGUAGCCGUCGGUGAAUCUCCAUACGCGGAGUCACUGGGAGACAAUUCAGAGCUCACAAUCCCUUUCAAUGGAACUGAUAUUAUAAGCUCAGUUGCCGACAAAAUCCCAACACUCGUUAUUCUGAUAUCCGGAAGGCCUUUAGUCUUAGAUCCACGACUUUUGGUAAAGAUAGACGCUCUUGUUGCUGCUUGGUUGCCAGGUACUGAAGGAAACGGAAUCACAGAUGUUAUCUUUGGUAGUCAUGACUUCGAAGGUCAACUUCCGGUUACUUGGUUUAGAAGCGUUAAAGAGCUCGAUCGACCAAGCAAAGGCGUUGCCUCAUCUGAACCUUUGUUUCCUCUUGGUUUCGGGCUAAACUACUUGAAUAAGUGA